AUGGCCAUCGUGAUGGGCGUGCUCGUCGUCUGCAUGGCUAUCGUGGUGGGUGUGCUCCUCGUCUGCAUGGCCAUGGUCCUCGGCGUCGCCGUGAUCUCCUCCGUACUCGUCGUCUGCAUGGCCAUCGUGAUAGGUGUGCUCCGCGUCUGCAUGGCCAUGGUCGUCGGCGACUCGGCGUCGCCGUGUUCUCCGGCGCACUGCUCGUCGGCGUGGCCAAUUCCUCAUGGAUCUCGUAACAUGGCGAGCACCAAAGAAGUAAAAGAUGACCUGUCUCUGCUCAUCUCUUCUGCCAAUGAUCACUCUGCCGUCACCCAAGGCACGAAGAACAUACAAAGGUGGGGCGUAACCAAGCAUGUAAUCAUGCUCAGUGAUGACGAACAAAUGAACUAUUACCCCAUCAAACGUGUAUAUCCUCUCAAUAUAUUAUCAAAUAGCAGCCACCGUGAUGGUUCUAUAUACAGGAGUAUAUGGAAUAAACAAUUUGAUGCCUCAGACCGAAGUGAGACUCGGUUGGAGGCAAAGAUGCAUUCAGAACCCACAAGUCGUUGCUUGUUGCGCGAUGGAGUUUGUAUAUUCCAUGCACCUAGUAACAUGCUGCAGGUUUUCUCAUUAAAGUUGGCAAAUAUUCCUGUGGAUAGUGGCUCUGUGGAGUUGUAUGGAUACAUAGCAGUACGGGAUGGUUUGGAUCGAUUGCUUAAUUAUGUCGUCAACUUUAGCAGAGAUGAUCCCAUCAUCGUGGAGCAGGGUGCUCUCAUCAACAUGAAUGGCCCUAAGCGAGCGAUACAUAUGUAUGACAGUGUUUUCAUUGAGUAUGACAUGAAGAUCAAGACAGGUCAACAAGAAAAAGAUGAUCUACAGUUGAUUGAUGGUCUAUCAUCCAUAGACGACACGGGUACAUGGAAUCGUCGCACGAUAACAAGACGCAUUAAUGGAGAUUCUGGCGCUGUCGACUUAACUUUUUUGCGUCUUGAAAGCGCUGUUCAAGGAACUGUAGAAGUUUCCAUAUCAGAAGUGAAAUGCAGUUUCAAAUUGUCUCUUGGUUGUAUCCUCAAUAGAUUGAAUGAAGAAAUUUGUCUCUUCGAUGGCAACAUUGGUGGUGAAUCAAGUGUUUUACGGAGCUCUGUGGUUGCUGUCAACAUUGAUUCUGGGAUGGAUUUGAAGUUCAAGUUUGGUUCGGAGUCCUCCAUUUCUGUUGAAGUAUGUUCCUUCGAGGCGAGCAAUCAUGGGGUGUCUACUCAGCAGAUAAAGACUGAUUUUGCAUUGAUCUCAGUUACGGUGACUUGGUCGGCUUUGCUGGAAUGAGGCAAACGUUUUUAAAUAGUUGUGUGGCCAUUGCGUUAAUCUUACCUAUUCUUUAAUUUACUGACUGCGCACCGUCAGACUCAUUUUGAUGCAAAGAUCAAGAGCAGCUCCAGAUGGUCCCUAGCAAUCGUCGAUUAUGUCAUUCUAGAUUAUAGAUUAUCACCGACAAAAACAAAAACCUUCUCUUCACAGCAUAUGAGCAGCCAUCAAGCUAAAGUAAUCGCAAUCCUUACAAGAUGGUAUCGGCCGGCAUUCUUUGGA